GAACAAUUCCGUAUUCGACGACCUCGGCAUGGCUCGAGGACGCGGCACAUUUGGACUCACAUCGUCUCGCGGUAGAGGCGGAGGCUCGUUUCGGUCGGGUUUUCGUGGUGGAUGGCGCGGCCGUGGACGUGGCAGAGGUGGCAGCAAUAAACCUGGUGAACCUGCCCCAAUACGUGAGGACGAUGGAACGCAGAUGGCUGAGAGAUUCGAAAGGAUAACCUUGAAUGAUGAAGUUGACGAGAAGCUCGGUUUUUCCAGGAUACAGGAAGGUGGAAUGAAGGAAGGCUGGCUAGUCAAUAUGCAUCCUACGCUGCUCAAAGAUCCGGACUGGCCAUCUGGAAAAGCUGCAGUUGAUUACUAUUUCAUUCAAGACGAUGGCGGGAUGUUCAAGGCCACUUACGCGUACGAACCCUACUUCUGCAUCGCGUGCAAGACUGGAACCGAAUCUACUAUUGAAGAGUGGCUGAACAAGAAGUACGAAGGGCUCAUCUGUCGAAUCUCGCGCGAGCGCAAAGAGGACUUGAAGCUUCCUAAUCAUCUUAUGGGUCAUCACCGCCUCUACCUCCAGCUCUGUUUUCGAAAUGUAUCAGACCUUCUGACGGUCAGACGGGACCUCCUACCUCUCGCUUUGGAAAAUAGCUCGAAACGCGACGCCGUCGAUGCGUAUGCAGAAGUUAUCAGCGCAGCUGCAGGUGGAGCAAGCAUGGGCGUCGAACUUGAUGGGGAGUUGGAAGCGCUUGGAGGGAAUGGGCCCAGGAUGCGUGAUAUGGAUCCUCGGGAGUGCAUCAUCGACAUCAGGGAAUAUGAUGUCCCCUACUACCUUCGCGUUGCUAUCGACAUCGACAUUCGUGUCGGUUUGUGGUAUGCCGUGACAUUCACAGCGGGUCAGCCUGCUUUUCGUCAUAUCGCUGAGCGUGUCAAGCGCGCGGAUCCUAUCGUCAUGGCCUAUGACAUAGAGACGACGAAGGCACCGCUCAAGUUCCCUGACCAGGCCAUCGACCAAGUAAUGAUGAUCUCUUAUAUGGUAGACGGCCAAGGAUAUCUGAUCACGAAUCGGGAGAUCGUCAGUGAAGAUAUUGAAGACUUCGAGUACACUCCCAAAGAAGGAUACGAGGGACCUUUUAUAAUAUUCAACGAAGAGAAUGAGGCCGCUACUAUCAGUCGGUUCUUCUCUCAUAUCCAAGAUGUGAAACCCACAGUCAUGGCGACUUUCAACGGAGACUUUUUCGAUUUUCCGUUUCUGGAUGCGAGGGCUAAGGCCAAUGGAGUCGACAUGUUCCUUCAGACCGGUUUCGCCAAGGACAGUGAGGAUGAGUAUAAGAGUCGCACAUGUGUGCAUAUGGAUUGUUUCCGAUGGGUGAAACGAGAUUCAUACCUUCCCCAAGGAAGUCAGGGCUUAAAAGCAGUGACCACAGCGAAGCUCGGAUACAAUCCUAUAGAGUUGGACCCCGAACUGAUGACUCCUUAUGCUAUGGAGCAGCCUCAAGUCUUAGCACAGUAUUCAGUUUCCGAUGCCGUUGCCACAUAUUAUCUCUACAUGAAAUAUGUCCACCCUUUCAUCUUCUCUCUCUGUAACAUCAUUCCACUCUGCCCUGAUGAGGUGUUGCGUAAAGGCACCGGGACUUUAUGCGAGACCUUGCUAAUGGUUGAAGCUUUUCGAGGCAAAAUCAUUAUGCCGAACAGACACGAAGAGGCACAUGGGCAUAUGUAUGACGGCCACCUUCUAGCGUCUGAAACUUAUGUCGGCGGGCACGUCGAAGCUUUGGAGGCUGGUGUCUUCCGUAGUGAUAUCGAGACCGAUUUCAAGAUUGGACCUGCAGCCGUACAACAGUUAAUUGAUGAACUCGACGCGGCCCUAACUUUCUGCAUUGUUGAAGAGUCUAAGUCGUCCAUGGAUGAUGUUACAAACUACGAAGAAGUAAAGGCGGAGAUACAAGCCGCCCUGGAAGUCAUGAGGGACAAUCCGAAGCGCACCGACAACCCACUCAUAUAUCAUCUGGACGUUGCGGCGAUGUAUCCUAACAUCAUGUUGUCAAAUCGACUCCAGCCAGACUCCAUGGUCGACGAAUCUGUUUGCGCCGUCUGUGAUUACAACAGACCAGGGAAGACAUGCGACCGACGGUUGGAAUGGGCGUGGAGAGGAGAGUUCUUUCCUGCUCAUCGUGACGAAUACAACAUGAUCAGGCAUGCUCUGAACCAGGAAACCUUUCCGCCAAAACAGCAAACAGCUUUGCUCCACAAGCGACUCGGUGACUACUCCCGCAAGGUCUAUAAGAAGACCAAGGACACGAAGAUCGAGAAUCGCGAGGCCAUCAUUUGUCAGAGGGAGAAUCCUUUCUACGUCGAUACUGUGCGGAGGUUUCGUGACCGUCGUUACGAGUAUAAAGGUCUUCACAAGACUUGGAAGAAGAACUUGGACUCAGCGGUCAGCGGCGGAAAGUCGAUAGCCGAGGUUGACGAGGCAAAGAAGAUGAUUGUGCUAUAUGACUCCUUGCAGCUCGCUCAUAAGUGCAUUUUAAACUCGUUCUACGGAUACGUCAUGCGAAAGGGUGCCCGAUGGCAUUCGAUGGAAAUGGCCGGUAUUACCUGUCUCACUGGUGCGACAAUCAUCCAGAUGGCGCGUGCCUUAGUCGAACAGAUUGGACGACCACUUGAGCUGGAUACUGAUGGAAUUUGGUGUAUGCUGCCCGGCGUGUUCCCAGAAAAUUUCAAGUUCCAACUCUUGAACGGCAAAGCUAUCGCCUUCUCCUACCCCUGUACUAUGCUAAAUCAUCUCGUUCAUGCGAAAUUCACCAAUCACCAGUACCACGAUUUGGACCCUGAAACGGGCGAGUAUAAGGUCCACAGCGAGAACUCGAUCUUUUUCGAGCUCGAUGGUCCUUACAAGGCCAUGAUCCUGCCAUCGUCGAAGGAGGAAGACAAAUUGUUGAAGAAACGUUACGCUGUUUUCAACGACGACGGUUCAUUGGCCGAAUUGAAAGGUUUUGAAAUCUUCGAAAAGUUCCUACUCGGCACCACCACGCAAGAAUGCUAUACUGCGGUCGCGGAGGUGGCCGACCAAUGGCUCGACGUCCUCUUCAGUAAAGCCGAGAGUCUUGACGAUGAAGAACUGGUUGAACUCAUUGCAGAGAAUCGAAGCAUGUCUAGGACACUUGCUGAAUAUGGUGGGCAGAAGUCGACGUCCAUCAGUACUGCUCGUCGUCUUGCCGAAUUCCUUGGCGAUCAAAUGGUGAAGGACAAGGGUCUUGCGUGCAAGUUUAUUAUCUCGGAGCGUCCAGUCGGAGCACCUGUCACGGAGCGUGCUGUUCCAGUCGCAAUUUUUUCUGCGGAGGAAAGCGUCAAGAGAACCUACCUUCGCAAAUGGCUCAAAGAUAGUAGCUUGGUCAACUUUGAUCUGCGAUCUAUCUUGGAUUGGCAGUACUACAUAGAGCGCCUGGGAUCGGUGAUCCAAAAACUCAUAACGAUACCGGCUGCUAUGCAAAAGGUUCCAAAUCCUGUUCCUCGUAUACGUCACCCCGACUGGCUUCAUAAACGAGUGGCGGUAGCAGGCGACAAGUUCAAACAAAACAAGCUCACAGACUUCUUCAAGCCUGCUACUGGAGAGGAAUCACAACCUCCGCCGCCUCGGGACAUUGAGGAUAUGGAGGGAGAAGAGACGCAAAACAAGCGUAUUCGCAUCGCCGUUGUCAACCGCAAAGUUCGGCCGAAGACACCAGAGCCUGAGGUUGAAGAAGAGACUCUUCCUGCGAUACCUGAUCCUUCCAUCAAUUAUUCCGCUUGGAUUAAGGCAAUGCGUCCUCGCUGGAAGCAACGACAAGACAUCCGAUGGAAUAAUUCAGCGCCAGUAGUCGUGCCAUCCAUGUUUCGAGGCGUCAAAGUCAAAACGAGUCGCACUUGGGACGUAUUACAAAUCCGCCCGAGCAAGAUUACUGGUCGAUUUAUUCUAUGGUUGUCCGUUGAUGGGGAGAUCGUCUCAGCCCCCUUACGAAUACCCAGAGAGAUGUAUAUCCAUCUCAGAAAUCCCAAGGAGGACAUCUUCCGGCCGGAUUUCUAUACCUUUGAGAAAGUCACUCGCAGUCUACCUCGUGAGCGUCCGUCAACGAAUCUUUACCAAUUGUCUGUUCGUGAAGAUGUUUACAAUGACAUCCAUGAGCACUUCAUUGAUCUUGCCAAUGAUCCUAACGUGGAUGGAGUAUUUGAAGAACAGGUCCCUCUCGUUGUUCGAGGGCUUCUCAAACUAGGAAGAUCAUGUACACUUGAAGAUCCCAACAUGACGUUGAACCGAGGUCAGACCGUUGGUUUCGACCUCCACCAACUCGAUCGCGCAACUCAGUCGACCUCUGCUUCUCGCAAGUACCUACAAGGAGGGAUAGGCGGAAAAUACAUAUUCCUUUAUCAUGCGUGCUCUGCAACUGCCCCGCUGCAUGUGUUUGCCACUUUCUCACCGACAGGUCCUAUCAAGCUUCACAUUGUUGAUCCAGCAACACGUCGCCAACCCAUACCCAAAUUAGAGGCGACUUAUGCCGAUUUGAAGCGAAAAAGGCAGGAAAAGUAUGGAACUUCUCCCUCUAUAAUUUACGAGGACGCUCGCGAAUUUACUACGACAUAUCAUUCCACCGACGCUACCGCCCUCAAAGCGAUUUCCCGCGAGUUUGGCUUGAUGGAAGACAAGUCAUAUACUGUUGUCAUCUCCUCGAGCAAAGAUCAGGCGUACUUCGACCGAUUGCUUCCGAAGCUGUCCAAAUUUCCUGUAUUCUCAAUGACCAAAGCUCGGGGACCUCAUACACUGGAUGUGUUUCCAUGGCAAGCCCACGUCGCUCAGAAGAUGCUAAAUCGGUAUCUUUCGCUUGGGACAUGGCUUGAUCGCAUGAUAUCACUUGCGGAUUACUACGAUGUCCCCAUCGGACACAUUGAAGGCGAUCAGCCUCUUCUUCUUUCCGAUAUUUCCUUCGCUCGCCGUCUCAUCCAGAACGACAUGGUACUCUGGUGGUCACCUGGAGAACAGCCCGACCUCGGCGGUAUCGAGAAUGACCAGAGACUAUCAGAGGAGUUCCCAACCACGGAGUUCCAGUCACCCGGAUGUUAUUCUAAUGUCUGUCUCGAAAUCAGCGUUCGAAACCUGGCCGUCAAUUCUGUCCUACAUUCCGUUGUCAUUAACGAGCUCGAGGGGACUGGUGGAUCGACCGCCUUCGACUCGGUGUCCAAGACACUCGAUGAGUACAAGAACGGUGAAGGACAGCGAGAUCUCACCCUGGGCGAGUCGAAUAUUUCCGCACAAACGUUUAGCAUUUUGAGGAACAUGGUGAAGACUUGGCUUCUUGACAAAAUCCAUGGCGAGCUCGGAAGUCCGUCUGUAACCAUUGACCAUUUCUGGCGAUGGAUCAGCUCAAGCGCAUCGCAGCUUUAUGAUCCUAACCUCCAUCGCUUCGUCCAUGGCCUUAUGCGGAAGACAUUUAUCCAGUUAUUGGCGGAAUUUAAGCGCCUCGGAUCGCAUGUCAUCUACGCUGAUUUCAGCCGCCUACUUCUCUCCACCUCCAAGCCUCCUGGCACAGCCCAUGCGUAUGCAACAUACAUCAACACCGCCGUCACAUCCCAUGAACUCUUCGAGCAUAUCUACUUACAAACCGAUAAGUUCUACGACUUUUUACUCUUCAUGGACAACGCCAACAUGGGAGGCAUCGUGUGCGAAGAUCCUCUCGCCCUUGAGCCCCCUGAAGAGCUGACACUGGAGAACCACUGGAAUAUCGCAGAGUUCCUUCCGCCGGCCAUCCAGAAGGACUUUGGUGUCGCCAUCCAAUUUUUUGCGGUAGAGCUCUACAAGAUUCGGCAGCGCACCAACGAAGCAUCACGAGUACCUCUACGUGCGCUACGCAACGGUGCCCUGGAUUCUAGUCAGCGGGAUGUUACGAAAAAGAGCGAGAUCGAGUCAACACAAGAGUUCAUUUCCCGACGCCUGACCAGAAAACUCCUCAAACUGGUUGGAAGCGUACAAGAACGGCAUAGGGAGGCCAUGCUGAAUGAAGAACUAACGAGUAGCUUCGAUUUCCCGGUCCUCCCUGGCUCCUACCUUCAUCUUUCCGACCCUGUCUUAGAAUUUGUCAAGUUCACCUGUGCGGUGUUCGUGCUGGCCAAGGAUUAUCAAGUUGAGAUCGGAUUGUUGAAACGGAAUCUACUCGAUCUUAUCGGGGUUCGUGAAUUCGCAAACGAUGCCAUUUUUCGCAAUCCCUGCGAGCCGCUUAUCCUCUCCAACGUCCCUUGCAGGCACUGUGAUGCCCUACGCGACUUCGAUUUUUGUCGUGACCCAGACCUGCUUCCGAAUAAUCUCGACGUGUCGCAGAGGUGGAUCUGCCUGAAUUGCCAUGGAGAAUAUGAUCGACAAGCUAUCGAGUUCACAUUGAUGAAGGUGUUAUUCGAUAUGGAGAGGUCGUUUGCGCUGCAGGAUUUGAGAUGUUCAAAGUGCCGGCAGAUACAGUCCGACAACGUAUCCAAGUUUUGCCAGUGUUCAGGAGCGUAUCAGUACACCCUGAACAAGGGAGAUAUGCGACGGAAACUUAAGACAAUGGUCAAUGUGGCGAUUGUGCAUAAUCUAGGACGGCUGAAGGAAUGUGCCCAAAGCAUGCUUCAGUCUUGGUAG